AUGGAUUACGUCCAGAGCAGCCGAGGGACCAAGGCGGCGCGCGGCGAAGGGCGCACGCUGCAGCAGGGCAGCACUGUGCGGUUCGACCUCGGCGGGCUCCACCUCUUCUCCGCCAUCGAGGCGGUCGAGGCGAUGGGCCAAGAUGCGAUGGACGACGCCGCAGCGCCUGCGGCCGCGGGGCAGCAGCAGCAGCAGCAGCAGCAGCAGCAGCAGCAGCCGGUGCGCCAGCCCAUGGCCCCCCGCUGGGCGCCGCAGGUGAUCCCGCCGCCCACGCGUACGCCCGGCCUGCCGUCUGGGGCGCCGCCGCUGCCGCAGCCCCCCGUGCCGGCGAGCGCGCCGCACGCAGCCCUGCAGCAGGCGGGGCCGCCGGCUGCGCUGGGGGCAGGCGCGGGCGCCAAUGCCUGCGCCGCGGGCGGCCUCGUGGGCGUGGGCACCGAGGAGGCCGCCGCGCGCGCCCAGCUGUGCGAGGCGCUCGGAGUGGGCCUGUGCGGCCCCUGCGGCAUUGCGCGUGCCUUGGACGUGCUGCUGCAGCACUUCAAGGUCACAGCGGGGCAAACAGAGAUUCUCCUUGAUGAGGAUUUCUGGGCUGAAAUCAAGGCGGAGAGGACCCUGGCCAUGGGGGACAGGGCGGCGGUGGCGCAGCUGCGGGCCAAGUUGGCCGCGGCCGCCGCGGCUGCAAAAAGGGAUUAG